GUGUGGGUUUGACGUGCCUCGCUUGUUAACGGCAUCCAAUCCAUUGUAGGGAAGAUUAACGAGCUGUUGAAGGAGGGAGCGCUCCCUUUAAAAGCACUGCGGCGCUGCUUGGAGGUAUACCAACCGUUCGAGAUGGGGAUCUUAGUGAUGCUUCUGUUCCUUUGGGGACAUUGCUUCAGGAUUGGGACUUUGGAUCCGUCUCUCCAGUAUCGAUCUCUCCAGUAUCGGAGCCAUGUGUCUGUGCAGUACUUUGACUAUCCCGAGGAGGUUAGUUGCACGCCGGCUGGCCUUAUGGUGCGGAUUCGGAAUGAUUCCUUUCAGGGAAUGUCUAUUAGACUUUCAAUCGUAGAUGACUUUGGUGAACCAAGGGACUUGCGCUCACUGCACAGCAGUUGUCGCUUUGCAACCAUUCCAGAAGCAAAUGGAUCCUUACUCUUCAUUACUCCAUAUGAUGGAUGCUUUGUACAUGUGGUGAAUAACAUAGUGAGCAUGGAAUUGAGGAUUGAUGGAAUUGAUGAAUCAAAGAGGAUCAUCGUUAUAGAACGCAUUCCAGUUAACUGCUCCUUGCCAACUAAACCGACUCCAGUGUCUGCUUUGACAACAGUCCAGUCACUUACCAUGGACCAAAGGCCAACCAGUGCCUCUACUCCUGCAAAUGUCACUCCAGUGGCUGUGAAGCCAGCCAAUGAUACCACUCCUUCUGGUCCAGUUACUCCAGUGGUCGUGAAGCCAGCCAAUGAUACAGCUCCUGGUGUAGUCACUCCGGUGGUCGUGAAGCCAGCCAAUGAUACCACUCCUUCUGGUCCAGUCACUCCGGUGGUCGUGAAGCCAGCCAAUGAUACAGCUCCUGGUGUAGUCACUCCGGUGGUCGUGAAGCCAGCCAAUGAUACAGCUCCUGGUGUAGUCACUCCGGUGGUCGUGAAGCCAGCCAAUGAUACCACUCCUUCUGGUCCAGUCACUCCAGUGGUCGUGAAGCCAGCCAAUGAUACAGCUCCUGGUGUAGUCACUCCAGUGGUCGUGAAGCCAGCCAAUGAUACCACUCCUUCUGGUCCAGUCACUCCAGUGGUCGUGAAGCCAGCCAAUGAUACAGCUCCUGGUGUAGUCACUCCAGUGGUCGUGAAGCCAGCCAAUGAUACCACUCCUUCUGGUCCAGUCACUCCAGUGGUCGUGAAGCCAGCCAAUGAUACAGCUCCUGGUGUAGUCACUCCGGUGGUCGUGAAGCCAGCCAAUGAUACCACUCCUUCUGGUCCAGUCACUCCGGUGGUCGUGAAGCCAGCCAAUGAUACCACUCCUUCUGGUCCAGUCACUCCAGUGGUCGUGAAGCCAGCCAAUGAUACAGCUCCUGGUGUAGUCACUCCAGUGGUCGUGAAGCCAGCCAAUGAUACAGCUCCUGGUGUAGUCACUCCGGUGGUCGUGAAGCCAGCCAAUGAUACCACUCCUUCUGGUCCAGUCACUCCGGUGGUCGUGAAGCCAGCCAAUGAUACCACUCCUUCUGGUCCAGUCACUCCAGUGGUCGUGAAGCCAGCCAAUGAUACAGCUCCUGGUGUAGUCACUCCAGUGGUCGUGAAGCCAGCCAAUGAUACCACUCCUUCUGGUCCAGUCACUCCAGUGGUCGUGAAGCCAGCCAAUGAUACCACUCCUUCUGGUCCAGUCACUCCAGUGGUCGUGAAGCCAGCCAAUGAUACCACUCCUUCUGGUCCCGUCACUCCAGUGGUCGUGAAGCCAGCCAAUGAUACCACUCCUUCUGGUCCCGUCACUCCAGUGGUCGUGAAGCCAGCCAAUGAUACCACUCCUUCUGGUCCCGUCACUCCAGUGGUCGUGAAGCCAGCCAAUGAUACAGCUCCUGGUCCUGUCACUCCAGUGGUCGUGAAGCCAGCCACUGAUACUGCUCCUUCUGGUCCGGUCACUCCAGUGGUCGUGAAGCCAGCCAAUGCUACUCCUCCAAGCCAAGGAUUUAAUGGAGAGAUUACAAUCUGUGCAGUCAGUGCCAAGGAUCGUGUGCACUGUGGAAAUAUCUCUCUGGGUGAGAAGGCAUGCAAAGCUAAAGGAUGCUGUUAUGAUUCAAGUAGCAAGGAAGCCCCUUGCUUCUAUGGAAAAACAGCUUACAUCGAUUGCACAAGCGAAGGACUAUUUACAAUUGUAGUUCCCAAGGUUGCAACAGUGCCCUCACUUGAUCUUGACUCUGUCAUCUUGGCAAACAACACAGGUUCUGAGUGUGCCCCUACAAUAAGGACAGCUGAAUUUGUUGUCUUCAGCUUUCCCCUUAAUGCUUGUGGGAGUGUGCGAACAGUGGCUGGACAGAACAUUACUUACCAAGUGGAUGUAGUGGCAAAAAGGAGAAUCCUGAAAGGAGCUCAUGGCUCUAUAACCAGAGACAGUACUUUCAGGUUGCAUGUGAAAUGCUUUUUGAGUAGCAGCAGGAACAUUCCUUUAACACUGAGAGUGAAGACUCCUUCACCUCCAUCUCUUGUGAUCGGUGAUGGUAUCCUCACUUUGGAAAUGAGGAUAGCUAAAGACAAGUCCUACAGUAGUUGGUUUGCUGAUGAAGACUACCCAUUAGUGAGAUAUCUCAGAGAACCUGUGUAUGUUGAAGUGCACCUUCUUCACAGACUGGAUGCCAAUAUUGCACUAGUACUGAAUGACUGCUGGGCAACCCAAACACAAGACCCUCAUCUUGGCAAACAAUGGAGCAUUCUUGUGAAUGGGUGUCCAUAUUAUGGGGACAACUACAUGACCCAGCUGCACACAGUCAAUGCAACACCCAGUGUGUUAUUUCCAACACACCACAAAUGGUUUGAAGUGAAAACAUUCCAAUUUUGGGAUCAGAAAACUCGAGCACCUUUGCAUGGCAAGGUUUACUUCCACUGUAGUGCAACUGUAUGCCCCUUGUCUGACAUGGAGUGUGCUGCAACCUGCAAUGCUGGGAGAAGAAUGGUCAGAAAUUCAAAUGUUCAUUCAUCAAUUGAAGCCCUUGACCGAGGACUGGUGACAUUGAAGAAGCCCAUAAUUUUCACUCCUGAGGAAAGUGGUGUUGUAGACUAUUACCAGGCAAAUGAAAAUGUAGCUGACAACAUCCUCCUUGCAGCAGCUGUGACAUUCCUUGUGUUGGCCUUGAUCACUGGACUUUUACUGUGUUGGAACUGUAAACAAAUGCACAAACCAUAGCCUAAGUGAAGUUUGUAUUCUAAUAUGCAAGUUAAGCCCCUUUAAUUCAAUUGUUACUAAAAUCUGGGGCUUUCUCCAGCAUGAAUGGACAUUGCCUUGACUGGCUUUGCCAAGAUCAUCAAAUACCAGUGCUUAAUUUUGUUCUGUAACUACAAGGUAAUACUAUCCAUUAGUAGUUGUACAUUUUAUAAAUGGUUGUCUAUUUAUGAUACUUGGGGCUUGGAUUUUUGUAGACUGUAUCAUAAACAAAAUUAAAUUCUCAACUG